AUGGUUACGAUGACACAGCCAAGCUUCCAUCUUUUCCCAAAACUUCCAAUCGAACUCAGACAACAUAUUUGGUAUCAUGCUCUGCCAGCAGCUGCAGUAGUCGAAAUCGAAUUCUGUACAAUCGCCACACAAUGGUUCUGCCCCGUAGCAUCGCUACCGCCUCCUUGUGGUUUGUCAAACGCCUGCGCCGAAUCGAGGAACAUGUAUGUCAAGUAUUACAAUACCAAACUCUAUGCUGGGGGUCGGGAACAUGAAGAAGUGACACAGCUGGGUUCCUGCAAUCACAACUUGCUCGACGAGACCAACUCUGCAGAUACGGGAGAUGAGAUCAUCAGAAGAGUGGUGCGCGUUGACUUGAACAUCGACACGAUCUACAUCGGACCCAAUACUCAAGGAGAGCUUUGCUUCACGUAUUCGUCGCUCCAGACUUUGCUGGCUAUUCCUAUGAUAGAAAAUCUGAGACGCCUGGCUGUCGAGGAUUUGGAAUGGAGCAAUGAUUUGACGACCGAUCCAGGAGAGCUCGACGCGCUGGCAUUCUUCAAGAAAUUGGAAAAAGUGUCUGUUUUGGUAGGGGAUAUCAGCUGGAUCUCGUUUGUGCAUCGCUCCAAGGGUCCAAGUGAGAGAACGAAAGAUGUUAUAGAAAUCGAGGAUUGUAGGAAUACCGAGUGGUUGAAGAGGUCGGUUAAGAGGAUCGAGAGAAAAUGGAAUCAGAUUCUUGAGGGGCCGGAUGUCGAGGUUGGCUUUGAAUUUGAUGUAAAGAUGAUCCGGAGAGGUAGCGAGAAGUGA